ACUGCGGAGAUGGAGGGGAUAGAAAAAUAGAGAAUUGAAUGAGUUUGUGAUUGAUUGAUUGAAAAUUUGAAAGAUAUCAAUACUGGUAUAUGAGGUCCAAAUGCGGUCGGAAUGAAACCCAAAUUCAAAUCAAAUUUCUCUCCCUCUUUCUAAAAACACUGUAUUUAGAGCGAGAAACUAAAUCAAAUAAAAAAAUUGAAAACUUUUUCAUAUUUUAAUUAAAUUCACGCGUUAGUCACCAGAAAAUCCGUGUUGCAGUAUAAUUUUUUAGUGAUAUCUUCUCCUUCAUUAAGACAACAAGAGUUUAUGAGAGAGAAAGUUUAGUGAGAGAAAGUGAACCCCUUCUUCCGCCUUGCUUUAAGGUUUUUUUUCCGAUCAGGCGCAAAUUAGUCUAGAGUGACGCUUCUUUGCUAACUUACGCUGGUGUUGCAGCAUUAAGUUUUGUUUCUCUCUCCUUUUUAUGCCUCAUUUUGCUGCUAGGUACUGUUACUCUUACCACCAUUCUCACUCUAUUUUCUUUCAUUUUUCUUGUUUUCUGAAAAAGAUUGGAUUUUUAUCAUCUGGGUUACUCGAUUGAUUGUUCUUUUCAUCUGGGUAUUUGAUUAUUUGGUAGAAAAUUAAAUUUAUUUUGUUGGGUAUUUUUUUUUGGUUUAGGUUUAUGUGUGAUAGUGAGGUUCAGCUGAUGUUUUGGGGUUUUGUGGGUUGAAAAUUAAAGCUGAUAAAUUUAUUAAUUUCUUGGGGUUUUCAUCUGUGUUAUUAGGGUUUUAUAAUCCAAAAUGGGUGAUACAGAAAGGGGUAAUAUUGAUAUGAUGCAUAGACUUCAAAAUCCAUUUGGGGCUUUAUCAAGAACAAGUAAUCAUCUUGAUGUAGCUCAGUUGAAUAUAUCCCAAAUCCGGCCCCCUUUACCUCAAAAUUCCCAGAAUUUGCAAAAUUUCGGUUCCGAAAAUGGUAAAAAAUCAGGGAUACCACCAUCUCACCCUCCUAUGCCACCCCUGUCACCCUAUUCAAAAUUCCCAGUGACUAGAACAGGGUCUCAGCACUCUGGUUCACAGAAUUUCAGUCGUGGACCGUCUCAUUCGCGAUCGUUGUCGCAACCGGCCUUUUUUAUGAAUGAUUCGUUGCCCCCUUUGAGUCCGUCGCCUUACCAAAACUCUACUUCCCCUACUAGUGCUCCUGAUAAUACUAAUUUGUCGAAUGGUUCGUUGGAGAAUCGUGAUGGUGGUGGCAAUUCGUUGUUGCCACCGUCUGGCAGGGGUAAUUCGGCACAUAUCACUGAGGGACUGCCACCGCGGAAAUUGCAUAGGCGUUCUAUAAGUGAUAUUCCGUUUGGUUUUGAUAGUAUAUUUCAAUCAUCUCCGCCGCCAUCACCAAUGGUUUCUCCUAAUCCAAGAGGAGGUCAUGGUGGUUUAGAGAGGACUUUGUCUGGUGGAGAGUUUGUGGGAUCAACCAAGCCGGCACAGUUAGUUAAGAAGGAGUCCAGUUGGGAUAAGACGCGAGAUGGUAAUGUAGAAGGUGAAGUUGUGGAUGACAUCCUUUCCGCAUAUAUGGAUCUGGACAACAUUGAUACUAUGAAUUCUUCCGGGACUGAUGAUAAGUAUUGUAAUGAAAAUCGAGAUGAUUUGGAUAGUCGCGCUAGUGGUUCCAAGACGAAUGGAUGUGAAAGUAGUGAUAAUGAAGCUGAAAGCAGUGUGAAUGAGAGUGGAAGCAGUGGACAAAGACCAAUGAUUGGUGAACGAAAGAGGGGUUCUGUAGGUGAGGCUGCGCCAUCUAGACACUACAGGAGUAUUUCGAUGGACAGUUUCAUUGGGAAUAUGAAUUUCGGUGAUGAAUCUCCAAAGCUACCUCCUUCUCCGAGUACUGGUGUUGCCCAGCUUUCUCUUAAGGAUCCUGAAAAUGGAAAUUCCAGUGCCUUCAGUUUGGAAUUUGGUAACGGAGAGUUUACUGGGGCAGAACUGAAGAAGAUAAUGGCAAAUGAGAAGUUAGCUGAGAUUGCUUUAACGGACCCUAAACGUGCCAAAAGGAUUUUGGCAAACCGUCAGUCAGCUGCUCGCUCAAAGGAGCGGAAGAUGAGAUAUAUAUCAGAAUUGGAACACAAAGUUCAAACUUUACAAAAUGAAGCCACAACUUUGUCUGCACAGCUUACAUUAUUGCAGAGGGAUUCUUCUGGACUUUCCAGCCAAAACAAUGAGCUGAAGUUCCGUCUACAAGCGAUGGAGCAACAAGCUCAGCUUCGUGAGGCUCUAAAUGAAGCAUUAACAGCAGAAAUCCAACGCCUAAAGGUAGCCACAGGAGAGCUGAGCGCUGAGUCUAUAUCCAAGAGUUUUGGGCAGCAGCUUUUUGUCAAUCCUCAAAUGUAUCAGCAGCAGCAGCAGCAAUCCAGCCAAAACAACCUUAAUAAGUUACAGUCUAAUUCACUACAGGAGCAGCCAAAAGCACAAGACUCGAACAAUGGUGGAAAUUCAAAGAGUGAAUCAAAGCAAUAAUGGUUGUUAACCUCGAGAUAGGUUUGUGUUCAGUGCCUCGCUAGCUACCUUUAGCCUACGUUUGCUCAAUCAUUGAUCUGUAGUUUGCUCUUUCUGCGUUUAUUUAUCUAUUUCACAUCAACAUAGAAACUGUAAACUUCGAAGUAAAUUAGCUGUAGAUUCAUUUUGCAUAGAGUUACUAAAUCAUACAUUCUAUUUACCGUAUCUAGGAACAUGCAUGUCAAAACAAAGAAUUUGUUUUUAGAGAUAAGUAGCUACACAACUAUCUGUACAAUAGAGUAGUUUUUGAAUGUAAGGUUGCUUUGGUUGCAAUCGGAUGCCAUAAUGUGGGAUUUUCCAGUUCUUAUUUUUUUGCAGUUAAACUCAAAUUUAUUUUAUGUAUGAAAUGGAACGAAAACUUCUUCAUUGUGCUAA